AAAAGCAGAAAAAAGUCACGAAAUGAAAUGGAUAGAAAACUUUGUGAAGUUUCGAAUAUGAAUCUAAUUUGAAAAAAGUGCUCAUUUAUAAAUAAAAGUUUAGCAAAAAUAAAAUAUUAACUAUAGGAAUUGCGUCAGAAUUACUCUGAUCAAUCUCGUAUAUUUUUCUAUGAAUAAGAGUUUAUGUUGACAGUGCGAAUCAGAGUAGUUGCACUCGGAACGUAAUAAAAAUCAUAAUUCAAGUGUUGAGUGCUACACUUUCAUUAAUUGUAAUGUAAAUAAAUAAAUUGAAAAGCUGUGUAUUAAUAUUAUUUAAUAAGCCGUAACCGUUUAAUUGAAUUUCUCAAAACAUUUUUUAUAAUUUUUUAUUUUACUUUUUUUCUUAUUUAUACUACUUGUGUAUUGCAUUGAGCGUAUUCCAGCAAGUUUAUUCUUUUAAAUUUUUUUUUAAAUCAACUCUCACCCAGUUUAAAGAUUUAUCUGAUCGGAAACAAAUUGUGAUGUUUAAAUAUCAAACAAUUUUUUAAGUAUUUAGUUAAUUAGUAUCUAUGCCGGUUAAUCAUUUGACGUGGCUUUAAUUGGUAAACAAAGAUUACGUAGUCAGCAAAAAAAGUAAACAAUUAAAUAUUUUUAAAACAUUUAUAUAAACCUAAUAAGAAAUGAGCAAAUAUAUUAAAUAAAUAAGUAAAUUUUCUGCUUCCGCGCUGCAAACAACUACUGUCUAUUGUGUUGUGCCUGCCUCGCAUAUAAGCAUAUAAGCAUCUAAGCAUAUAAGCAUAUAAGCAUAUAAAGAGAAAAAUACGUGCUACGCGCAACGAGCAACGAGAAGAGCAGCUAAUGUAGUAAAAGCGAAAUAAAAAACGAAAAUUAACAAAUAAUAAAGUAAACUAAAAAAUAGUAGAAAACAUAAAAAUUAAAAAACUACAAGGAACAAAAUUAGUGUGCAAAGGUAUUUCCAUUGACUAUAAGAAAAUAAAAAUUUGAGAAGUGGCAAAAAGGUGAAAUACAUUGGCUUUAUUCGGCACAUCAACAAGUGCAACAUGGAAGAGGUUUCCCUAACUGAAACGGAAACUCGCUACUAUAGCGAUUUGUUUCUCUGUUGUGAUAUAGAAAAAACAGGCAAAAUACCGAUGCUUAAAGCUGCUGAAUUAUAUCAUUCUGCAAAUCUGCCGAAUGAAGUGAUAGAUGAGAUUACAUCACUUGCCGGUAUACCGGCCACUGCCCUACAUAUAUCGCGUGCACAAUUCUAUUCUUGCUUGAAACUUAUUGCUGCCUAUCAAGCUUCAAUGCCACUACGUCAGGAAUUGAUUGCUGCCUCAAUGCAGCUCCCAUUGCCACGUUUCAGUUGGAAAGACUCGCCGAGCAGUAUUGACACCAAUGCGGGAUCAAAUAUAUUCAAUCAGCAAAACGGCAUUAACGUACUACCGCCACCACCAGUCGCAGAUCGAAGAAAUUCCUUGCCACGUCGUGCUGAUUGGCAAGACUCAAAUACGUCCGGUUCACGUCGAAAUUCUGUUAAUCAACAGCACCAACAACAACAACAGCAGCACCUGGAUGCAGCUGCUAAUUCUGAUGUUCCAAGCACUGAUUCUGAAGUAGAACAAAAUGAGUCCAGUUGCGGUGGAAUUGGUGGUGCUGGAAUCAGUAUUCCGGAAACGAACCGUAACCGUGGAUCUCCGGAAGCUUGGAGUACUAAUAGCGAUAGUCCUACACCAACUAAUAGUGUGGCCGAACGACCCUGGGCGAAAGAAACGCUUUGGCAUGGUUUGCUUGGUGAUGAACAUAGACAAUUAUUGGGCACUGAAGAAGAAUCAUCCGAUCGUCAUAGCAGUGAUGAUGAUAAUGAAAGUGGUUUGGAAACGGUUUAUCAGAUAACAUCUGAGCAACGUGAAUAUUAUUAUAAACAAUUUAAGGCUGUGCAAUUUGAUCCAAAUGGUCUGCUCUCAGGACAGGCAGCUAGAGUAUUUUUUGAAAAGUCACGCAUACCUGUUGAAGAGUUACGACACAUCUGGCAACUAUGUGAUGUAACUCGAGAUGGAGCGCUAAGUUUGGCAGAAUUUACUGCAGCUAUGCACUUAGUUGUGUUGCGUCGUAAUAACAUACCACUACCAGCCAUGUUACCACCUUGUCUAUACCCCAGCGCUUUGCAGCAUUCCACAUUAGCUUCACAACUUACCACACAAGAACCGCCCGAAGCCGAUUUACUGCAUCUUAACGAUGAUGACGAUGAUGAUAAUACAGACAAUACAAUAAUUGGUACAAAUACAGUGGCAGUUAAUUCACGCAUUGUCAACGAAAAGAAUGUCAUGAAUAUCAGCACUUUAUCUACCUCAUCACAGGCUAGUACUAGUUCUCGUCAAGGCAUAAGUACUAUUAAUCAUUCAUCUCUUACACCUCCACCCUUACCUCCUAUUAAAAACCGUAGUAUUUCAAAUUCACCAAAUGUUGAACGUAGUUCAUCACCUCCGAAUUUGCCAACUUCAACUGUUGUGGUUAAAACAAAGGAUCGCACAUUAUGGACAACGGAAGUGCCACCAAAUCAAUGGACAAAAUUUACAGAAUCUCCGACAUCAAAUGUUUCUAGUCCUGGUCCCAAGCCAGUUAACUUUGAUAUGCAACGAACGGCACAGGCAGUUGUUUCAGAUCCUCAAAUAUUGCAUCCAGUGCCAUUACGUGUAACUCCAGUUGCUGGUGCCUUAGGAACAAAUACUGGUGACGUUUUAAAUAAUGAAACUUACGAAGGCGUUGCACUACGUGACACAAGUCCAAAGCUUCUACAUAGUAGUGUUACAAAUAAUGUAAUUAAUAGCUCUAAUCCAGCUAGUUCGAUUGCAGCUAGUUCGAUUCCACAGCUACGGGAUUCACUACAAAGUACUGAUCUUCGUGCCAUACAGCGACCACAAGCAAAAAAAUUACCUUCGAAGAAUAUUGGCGCACUGCCACCACCACCACAACGAGAAUCAAGUAUUGGGAGCACAGGUACUUCGAACGUAAUAUGCGCUGGGAACAGUGAAAGUGAUAUGUCCUUGUCAAAUGGCAAUCCCCAUCAAAAUUCAGCGCUUAAUAAAAAGGAGCCACCACCAUUACCACCACCAAGGCCACAUCGUCAUGGUCGCAGCAGCAGUUUGGAUUUAAAUAAAUUCAAAAUGAACGUACCCAGUGGCCAGCAACCUGAAAUAACGGCGCAAACUAGCUUUGAUUUGCAAACCUCAACGGGUUUUGCUGAUUUUACACAUUUUCCAGAUGGAAGCGCAACAAAUGUUAAUGAACAAAUUUCCGAGCAACAGCAACAUUCCUUACCACCGCAACAGACAUCAUCUGCAGCAAGUAUACAACCCGUUGUUGCUUUACCACCUUCCAGAUUCUCAAUACAAUCAAAUCAACGUGUGUCAGCUUUCGAAGUUUAUCGUAAGCCUAACACACCGCGAAAUUCACAAUCACCAACAGUAACAACACAAUCAGCAGUUGAUACAAUCAUUGCUGCAGCAGCAGCUCAACUACGUCAUCCAUCACAACCGCCACCAGGGGCACCAGCGGCACCAGUGGCACCAGUAAUUGCACCGUUCGGAUCUGCAGGUGCAGCUGCUAUAGCUCAGCAUGCGCCACAAACAAUCACAACAUUGCCAAAUGCUGAUCAAUAUGAAAAACGUGUAAAUGCAAUAAGUGAAACUCUCCGACAUGUUUCAUUCAAACCAGAUAAUAAUAUGGGCGAUAUUUUAAGACAUUUACGCGAACAAAAUAAUCUUUUACUGCGUUUGUGUAAUGAUCUCAGCGAUGAACUAUUAUCCGUACAGACGCGCAAGGAAGAAAUGCGGUUGAAAUUAGAGGCUGCAACCAGUGAUUUCACGGUAGCCGCUGUAGCUUCCGCACUUAAUACUCCUAUGGUUGCUGCUCAGUUAACUCGUACGGGUUCGUCCAGUUCAGCACCCGUGACAGUAAAUGUCACUGGUGGUUCUGGAAGUUCGGGUGUACACUCAAAUGUUUAAAUGUAAAAUUAACGCAAACAAAUGCAAACAAAUCAACAAAAAGUUAAACAAUC